AUCGCUAUUAACCGGAUGCCCUUCCUCACCAGGGGAGGCCAUGCUGGAACCACGUAUAUCUUUGGUAAAGGAGGCGCCCUCAUCACCUACACCUGGGCUCCCAAUGAGCGACCGAGCACGCGUGCCGACCGCCUGGCCGUGGGCUUCAGCACGCUGCAGAAGGACGCCAUCUUGGUCCGCGUAGAGAGCACACACGGGCUAGGAGACUUCCUCCAGCUUCAUAUAGACCAGGGGAAGAUCGGCGUCAUCUUCAACGUGGGCACGGACGACAUCACCAUCGACGAGCCCACGGUCGUCGUUAACGACGGCAAGUACCACGUGGUGCGCUUCACCCGUAGCGGUGGCAACGCCACGCUCCAGGUGGACAACCAGCCCGUCAUCGAGCGCUACCCGCCAGGAAACUUUGAUAAUGAGCGACUGGCUAUUGCUAGGCAAAGAAUCCCAUACCGACUCGGUCGGGUAGUUGACGAGUGGCUACUCGAUAAAGGGCGGCAGCUGACCAUCUUCAACAGCCAGGCGGCCAUCAAGAUCGGGGGCAACGACAAGGGGCGCCCGUUCCAGGGCCAGAUCUCGGGCCUGUACUACAACGGGCUGCAGGUGCUGAAGCUGGCGGCGGAGAGCGACCCCAGCGUGCAGGCGGAGGGGAACCUGCGGCUGGUGGGCGACUCGCUGUCGGCCGUCACCGCCGACGCCACGGCCGCGACGCCGGUGGCCGUGUCCGACAUGUCCACCACCAUCAUGGAGACCACCACCACCAUGGCCACCACCACCACCCGGCGCCAGCGCUCGCCCAGCCUGCGGGAGAGCAUCUCUAAGAACUCAGACGACAUCCUGGUGGCAUCCGCCGAGUGCCCCAGUGACGACGAGGAUCUGGAGGAGUGUGAGCCCGGAACAGGAGGUGAACUAGUGUUGCCCAUAAUAACGGUGGACUCCCUCGAGCCGCCCUCCAUCGCCACCCGCUUCCCCGCCAUCCCCCCUCCCCCCACCCUGCUGUCCCCGCUCGACACCACCAGAGAGUCCCUGAUGGUGCCCCCCCACCCCUCCUCCUGCCCCCCCGACCAGGAGGACUGCGGUGACCCCGUGGAGGUGUCGGCCUUCGGCUCCGGCGAGAUGACCGAGUCGGACGACGAGGACUUCUACGGCAACGCCAACAACUCCCCGCUGGUCACCGACAGGACCGUCCUGCCGCCCCCUCCCGCCGCCGCCGCGGGCGCCGGCGGCGAGGGCGGAGCCGGCAAGAAACCCCGCCCCCACCACCCUCCCCGUGCUCCCACCACCCACCCCGACCAGCCGCAGCACCACAUCCCCGCGGGCAAAAUGAACACCCGAGACCAGGUGCUUCUGCCGCCCGCGCCCCCCUCCUCCAGAAACACCCCCGGACUAACCUACCCCCCCAAUUUUCCCCAUGUGCCCACAGCCGCGCCGACGGGGCCGGACGAGGAGAAGGGCCGGCCCGGGGCGGUGGAGGUGAUCAGGGAGUCCAGCAGCACCACGGGCAUGGUGGUGGGCAUCGUGGCCGCCGCCGCGCUCUGCAUCCUCAUCCUGCUCUACGCCAUGUACAAGUACCGCAACCGGGACGAGGGCUCCUACCAGGCGGAGCAGGGCCACAGCUACGUCAACAGCGGCGGCCUGGAGGGCGCCGGGGGCCCCCGCAAGGACAAGGCGGACGGCACGGCCAUGGGGCCGGUGGCGGCCGGGACGGGGACCAAGGCGACCGCCAAGGGCAAGAAGAACAAGGACAAGGAGUACUACGUGUGA